GUCAGUUUCGAACACGUCUAGCUAGAUAUAUGAACAACUAUAACGUCCUUCCUGCCUGCGUCGAGACAGAGAGGGGAAAUGUGGAAGGCAGGGAUGUGACCAGAUGGAGAAACAAUGCCGUGCAGUCAGUCAUCAGUCAUCACUGUCGGUGUGAUCCUGUCUGUAGCACCCACCCAGAACAUCAUUACCCGUGACGGCUGGGUGCGCGGUGCCUGUCACGGCGGUUGGCAGAACAGACAGACAGACACCAACCACACACACAAAAUGCCCCGACACAUUGUACGGCACGCCAUGCGACAUCCCGCAGCAUGUUCUUUAGUCAGUAAUAAUUACAUGGAUGUGACCAUGCGGACAACACCGAGAAGAGAGAGGGAAAGAAAAAAAGGGCUGCCUCCCAAGCUUCAAAUCUCCGUCCAUUCACCAUUCACCGAUGUUUCCAGAGAAUGGCACAGUUUCUGUGGGUGAGGUGGUGUGUGUGUGUGUGUGUGUGUGUGUCACGACUUACGGGGGGAACUGGUUUAGGAGAAGUGGGAUUGGAUCGCGCACGCCAUGCAGGAAGUCCAAAUCUCGGCUCAGCCCGCCACUGAUCUAGCCACCACCUACACUUCACACACCCUCUCGCGCACCCUCUCUCCCAUCCAUCCACCCGCAUCUCUGCGCACUUGAG